GGAGGAGCCCCGGCGCGCGGCCGACGCGGCGCUGCCGGCGGAGGACGCCCUGCGGCACGAGCACGAGGCCACCCUGCAGUUCCACAGGAGCAUCUGGCAGGACGCGCUCCAGCGUACAGCCAGGGACGCGCAGAGGAGCAAGAAGCUGCUGGACCAACGGCAGCAGGAUAUUGUGCUCGCCCAGGGCCACGCUGAGAUGCGCAUCCUGCGCCAGGAGCACGCCGCCGAGCGGCUCCGGGCCGAGCUCGAGCUCGAGCGCCGCCGCGCCGCCGAGGACGCCGGCGCGCUGAAGCGCGCGGAGCAGGCGCAGGCCGGCCUGCGGGCCGAGGUCGCCGUGCUGCGGGAGCACGUGGGGCAGCUGGAGCGGCAGCUGCUGGCGGCCGCGCCGCCGCCCGCGGGGGCCGACGCGAGGCUCGCGGAGCACGCGCGGCGCCUGGAGCUGCUGGCGGAGCGGCGCGCGGGGGGCGCGGGGCGCGCCCUCGAGGAGCGCGCCGCGGGGCUCGCGGAGCGCGUGGGGCAGCUGGAGCAGCUGGCGGAGGGGCAGGGCCAGCGGGAGCGCGAGCUCGAGGAGCGCUGCCGGCACCUGGAGCGCGUGGCGGAGGAGCGCCGCAGGGAGCUGGGGGGGCGGCGGCGGCGGUCGGCGGAGUGCGCGCUGCUGCUGGAGCGGCUGGCCGCGCGGCACCAGGAGCUCGCCGUGCUGCGCGCGGCGGCCUGCGGCUGGUACCUGCUGGCGGUCCGGCGGCGCAUGCGCCGGUGUCAGAGGGCCGCGGUGCUCACGCUGCUGCAGAGCCGCGCGCGCGGCGCGGCGCGGGAGGGCUGCUCUGCGCGCGGGGCCGCGGCCCUCGCGGCCGCCCGGCGCGGGCCUGGCGGCCCGGCCCUCGCGCGCGCGCCGUUCUUGGGCUGGCGGGAGGUCGCCGAGCUCGGCCGGAGCGCCCGCGGCGAGCGGCGGGAGCUGAUGGCGCUGGUGGGCCAGCUCCAGGGCCAGCUCCGCCGCGCAGCGGCAGCGUGA